GCCUCCCUACCCAUACAUCCACAAAGACAAUGCUGGGCAAAUAAACUGUUUGUAAAUACACCAGGAAUAAGGGUACAACUGUUGUAGGACCAAUAGCAAAGACUAUUGCUUCUCCCUAAGGCAUGCAACCAGCAAAAGGUGAUUGUGCUUUCUUUGGCACUUUUUUUUGCCACGGCAGAGUUGUGUGGGUAUUUUUAUUAUUAACAUUUUUGGACUGUGUGACUCUGACAGGACCCAGAACAAUGUUUACAGAGUUUGCCUUGAACUGAUUUGCUCUGGAAGCCAGAAGGGGAAGCAGCAAAAAGAGGAGAAAUGAUGGGUCCAUUUCUCUGCCUGUGGAUUGCAACUUUCUUUGCGGUGAGCCAGGGCUGCCCGGAGCCCUGCACUUGUGUAGAAAAAAAAUAUGGCCGCCAGCUGGCAGAAUGUGCUUACAGAGGUCUCCAGGCGGUUCCCACAGGGCUGCCCUCCAAUGUGACCACCCUCACCCUGUCUGCCAACAAGAUCACCUCCCUACAGCAGAGCUCCUUUCUGGAUGUCACCCAGGUACAGUCACUGUGGCUGGCGCAUAAUGAAAUCUGUGCCAUUGAGGAAGGCACCUUUGCCAGGCUGCUGCAUUUGAAAAACAUAGACCUCAGCCAUAACCAGCUUGUAGACUUCCCCUGGGGGGAUCUGUACAACCUCAGUGCCCUGCAGCUGCUGAAGAUGAACAACAACCAGCUUGUGAAGCUACCCUGGGAGGCCUUCCACACCCUGAAAAACCUGAGGUCCCUGUGGAUCAAUGACAACAAGUUCACCACCAUCGCCCAGGGCACUUUUGAUGCCAUGAGUUCACUGUCCCAGUUGCAGAUCUACAACAACCCAUUGAACUGCACCUGCGGGCUCCUGUGGCUGAAGACCUGGGCUGAGAACACCCUGAUCUCCAUCCCCAAGAGGGACUCCAUCAGCUGUGCAGCCCCGGACAGCCUCAGAGGCAUCCCAUUGGGGAAGAUCCCUAACCUUCAAUGUACACCUCCCUCUGUUCAGCUGACGUACCACCCCAACCUGGCCAACACCAUGCUAUAUGAUGGGCUCAUGCUCAUGCUGCACUGCAGUGUCACAGGCAGCCCCCAGCCAGAGAUUAGGUGGGAGAUCCAGACCUCCAGCCAAGAAACAGAGAUAAAUGAGCCCAAUGUGGAAAGAGAUGGGAAUGAUCUAUCUGCUGGGGGCUCCAAGCAGAAUGCAGAGAGCUUUCUGCUCUUCAAGAAUGGCACCCUGGUCAUCCCCAACUUCAGCAACCAAGAGGAAGGGACCUACACCUGCCUGGCCACCAACGAGGUUGGUACUCGCGAGGUGUCAGUCAACGUGGCAUUGGCCAAUUCAGAGAACACAGUGGAAGAUCUGCUCAGAAACAAUCUUGCAACCAGUAAGCUUGGAGCCAAACACUGCAACAAGGAAGCCCAAGCCAAUUCCUCCAAGGCUGGAGAAAAGCUUGUGAUCAUUUACCGUGUUGCUGCAGGGAUGGGGAGCAAUGAUGGAGGCACUCUUCUGGAGUCACAUCUCUGGGCUUGCAUGCUCUGUUUAGUCAUUUUCCUUUACUGUUAAGGGAAAUGCCAAAGGUUUCUUUGUAUUUCUGUAUCAUUUAUAUUGACAUAGUGUCACGCAUGCACUGAGCUGCUGGGAGCUGUCUGAGGCACUAAUCAAAGCUGGGGCUGAGAUGCAGAAGCCAGAUGUGACUUUCAAACCUUCCUUCACCCCCUAGUUUGGUGGCAUUCAGGAACAGGUGCUUGGUUCAGCCAACUGUAUUAAACAAGCCGGCUGGGAAACCUGAUCCAGGAUCCCAACCGCACCUGCAAGUGUAAAGUGUUCAGAUCUGCAGGCAGGGGUUGAUUUCAACUCAUCUUUGGAAUGAUUGUGCUGUUUCAGGAUUAAUGGCAACACUGGUGCAAUAACCCCUAUCUGGCAUGACCCAGCUUUAAACUAUUUUUUAUUAGUUGUACAGUGUGCAAUGAUGGGUGAACCCUGGAACAGAUCCAGAGGUUUGGUUCAGGUAGAAGCCAAUAACAUCCUUUCAUCUACCUUCAUUAGGGGACCUAAGUUCACCUCUGAAUGGUAAUACCAGAUGGCUAAACAGCUGGCACCUUCAUCAACCAAUCAGGUGCUUCCUUUCAAAUUAUUACUCAGUCAGUUUGUAAGCUCCUAGAUGAUAAUAUGAUUGUAAGGAAUAGCCAGCAUGGUUUUGCCAAGAAUAAAUCAUGCCAAACCAACCUAAUUUCAUUCUUUGAGAGGGUUACUGGCCUAGUGGAUGCAUGGGGGAGCAGUAGACAUGAUAUAUCUUGAUUUUAGUUAGGCUUUUGACACCAUCUCACAUGACAUUCUCAUAGGCAAAUAUGGUCUACAUAAAAUUACUAUAUGGUGGGUGCACAAUUGGUUGAAAGAUCAUUCUCAAAGGAGUUAUCAAUGGUUCACUGUCAAACUGGGCAGGCAUGUUUACUGUGCCCUGCAGUGGUCGGUCUUGCAGAGGUCAGUCCUGGAUUCACUACUAUUCAAUAUUUUCAUUAGUGACAGGUAAUGGGAGUGAAGAGGAUGCUUAUAAAAUUUGCAGAUGAAACAAAGCUCAGAGAUGUUGCAAGCACUUGGGACAGCAGGAUUAGAAUUCAAGACUACCUUGAAAAAUUCAGAGAACUGUCCUGAAAUCUACAAGAUGAAAUUCAAUAAAAACAAAGUGCAAAAUACUUCACUUAGGAAGGAAAAAUCAAAUGCACAGCUACAACAUGGGGAAUAACUAGCUAGACAGUCAUUGCUGAAAAGGGCCUGGAAGUUAUACUGGAUCACAAAUUGAAUACAAGUCAGUGUGAUGCAGCUGUGAAAAGUCUAACAUCAUUCUGAGGUGGACAAACAGGAGUGUCAUGUGGAAGGCACUCAGCACCGGGCAGGCCUCAGCUGGAGCACUGUGUUCUGUUCUGGCACCACACUUUAAGGAAGAUUUGGCAAACUGGAGAGAGUCUAGAGCAGAGCAACUAAAAUGAUCGCAGCUUUAGCAAACCUGCCCUGUGCAGAAAGGUAAAAAACCUGGACAUGAGAAAAUAAGAUAGAGGGAGGUGGGGACUGAGAACAGUUUUCAUGGAAUCAUAGAAGAUUAGGGUUGGAAGAGACCUCAGGAGGUCAUCUAGUCCAAUCUCCUGCUCAAAGCAAGACCUUUCAAAUAGGUUAAAAGCUGUUAUAAAGAGGACAAUAAUCAAUUAUUCUUCAUGUCCUCAGAAGGUAGGAUAGUAAAAAAAACUAAACAGAAUUAUAGCUUAUUAGGGUUCAAAGGGACCUCAGGAGAUUGUCUAAUCUAGCCCCCUGCUCAAAGUAGGACCAAUCCCCAACUAAAUCCCCAAAUGGCCCCCUCAAGGAUUGAACUCACAACCCUGGGUUUAGCAGGCCAAUGUGCAAACCACUGAGCUAUUCCUCCCCCCAUGUAAGAUGCUUAAAUCUGCAGUAAGGGAGAUUUAGGUUAGACAUAAGGGAAGACUUUUAGCUAUAAGGGGAGUUAAGUUCUGGAACAGGCUCCAAGGGAUAGGGUGACCAGACAGCAAGUGUGAAAAAAUCAGGACAGAGGGUGGGAGUAAUAGGAGCCUGUACAAGAAAAAGACUCAAAAAAAUCAGGACUGUCCCUAUAAAAUUGGGACAUCUGGUCACCCUACCAAGGGAGGUUGUGGAAUCCCCAUCAUUGGACAUUUUUAAGCACAGGCUGGACAAACCCCUGUCAGGAAUGGUCUAAGUUUACUUGAUCUCAGUGCAAGGGGUUCAAUUUAAUGACCUCUCAAGGUCCAUUCGAGCCCCACAUUUCUAUGAUUCUAGAAUACCAUCUUCAUAUUAAUAAGAGCCUAAGGGUGAAUGGCUGAAUGGAAAACCAUGCUAGUCUCUGGGGGAGCAGCCAGUUGAGAUGACUAUAAGAAGAUGAUCAUGAUCUGUGGGAAGAGGGAAAGGAAGGAUGGACCCAACCCACAGCAAACCCCUUUAGCUGGUCUUCAGCCAAUGUCCUCUCUCUUAUUGCUGCCCUGAGACUCCACAUCCUGAGAUGCUCUCUUUGGAUUGCACUGGGGGCAGGGGUAGCUGGUGCAGUUCACACCACUAGAUGGUGACAUGACAAAGCCCUGGCUGGGAUGAUCUAGUUGGGGUUGGUCCUGCUUUGAGCAGGGGGUUGGAUUAGAUGACCUCUUGAGGUCUCUUCCAAUCCUAAUCUUCUAUGAUUCUAUGCUUUGUAGGUAGCAGAGGAUGAGCAUAUGGUUGAGCUGAGGCAGAGGCUGGGCUUCCAGCAGUGACCUUUAGACUGAGGUGCAUGUGUGAGUAUUAUGAAGCUUUUCCACACUUCUAUUUCUUUCGUUUCCCCAAAAGGCCUAGUCCUGCUAGAAUCUGAGUCUCCUCAAUGCUCUUGAGUCAAGGAUGCUCAGUGUAUUGCAGGGAGUCCUCAGCACUUAG